AUGGCCCCUUCUGCGGACGAGAACCAGACUCCACUAAAGAGAGCGAGGGCUUCGACGGAUGAGAUCGACAAUGAUUCACAGAAGAAAGCCCGCUUCGUCCAACCCACCCAUCUGCCAUCGCCAGACACGCGCAUAGCUUCGAACUCGACCGAGGGCCAGUUGUCGGCUUCUUCUGGUGCCUCGCAACCAUCCGAGAAGCACGCAUCUUCUCCCUCCGUUACCGCUGGCCUACAUUCGCCUCCAUCCGACACCCAACCCUACAGCCAGUUCUUGCCGCCGCCACCCAUCAGCUAUGAGGUCGAAGACGAGGAAGCCGAGGGCGUCUGGGGAUACCUUGUACCGCUUGAUGGAGUUUCCGAGCCUCUAGUCCUGAGACGCCGUGCAGCUUGUCCCGUCCCCCAAACAAAGGUUGGCCGCACCGAUGGUAAGAGUGCUGUGUCACGCGACGAGUAUCUCAACCAAGAAGAGUCCUACGAAAAGGAAAAGGCAGAGAAGGGAAUCCCCGCUGGUGGCUAUCUAAUAGGAAGACAUCCCGAGUGUGAUCGUAUCGUCAAAACACCCACUGUCAGCAAUCGCCAUUGUCUGCUGUUUUGUGAAAACAAGAACAGCGACCAGAUUGCUGUCGUCGAGGAUCUUUCGGGCAACGGCACCUACGUCAACAAUGCUAUUGUGGGUCGAAACAAGCGACGUGAUCUUUAUGAUGGCGAUGAACUGUCCAUAUUGGAUGUAGCUCGCUUUAUCUUCAGAUACCCCAGCAUACGCGACACUAACGGCUUCCGUCAACAAUACUCGAUUCAGGGGCAGCUUGGAAAAGGCCAUUUCGCGACAGUCUACUUGUGCACCGAGAAGUGCAGCGGUGCUCGCUAUGCCGUCAAGAAGUUCGAGAAGCGACGAACGACCACCAACUCCCAGGCCGCUGAGGAGAGGAGUAGAGUUGAUGGCUUGCAGCAGGAAAUUGGUGUUUUGAUGGGAGUCUCGCAUCCCAACGUUCUCUGCCUCAAGGAUACAUUUGAUGAGAGCGACGGCGUGUACUUGGUCCUCGAACUCGCCCCUGAGGGCGAACUCUUCAAUUGGAUUGUCGCCAAACACAAGCUGAGCGAACCCGAAACCAGGAAGAUUUUUGUGCAGCUUUUCCAAGGCAUCAAGUAUCUGCAUGAACGCAACAUUGUCCAUCGUGACAUCAAACCGGAAAACAUACUUCUCAUCGACCGUGAUCUGAACAUCAAAAUCGCCGACUUUGGGCUGGCCAAAAUCAUUGGAGAAGAGUCGUUCACAUCCACUCUUUGCGGCACACCUUCAUAUGUCGCGCCCGAGAUUCUGGAGCAGGGCAACCGUCGCAGAUACACACGAGCAGUCGAUGUAUGGUCUUUGGGUGUUGUUCUGUACAUCUGCUUGUGUGGGUUCCCGCCGUUCAGCGACGAGCUCUACUCACGAGAGAACCCGUACACGCUUAGCCAGCAGAUCAGAGCGGGUCGCUUCGAUUACCCAAGUCCUUACUGGGACAGCGUCGGUGACCCGGCUCUCGAUCUGAUCGAUAAGAUGCUUACAGUGGACGUUGAAAAGAGAAUCACGAUAGAUGAAUGUCUCGAGCAUCCUUGGACUACUGGGCGUACGGAAGGACAUAUGAGUUUCGGAGCAAGCAUGGAGAGCACAGAUGGCCUGACAGGAGAGAUGGGCAAGUUGGACUUCUCUAAGCGAAAGCCCGUCCGUGAGAGAACAUUGCUAAGCUCGAUCAACGACGCAACGUUCUUCAAGACGCAAGCGACAGAGAAGGAUGACCGAGACAUCAAGAUUUGGGAGCAAAACAAGGAUCAAGACAAGAAGACAAACGUCAAGGAGGCACCGGCGCACCAAAGAAAUCUCGACGAAUUUAUCAAGAUGGGAGGCAAAGGAGAUGAAACGCUUUACGGAGAUGAAGAGAUUGCAAAAGAGAAGGCCAAGGCAGGAAAGACCAAGGCAUAA